AUGUCCCUGAUCUCCUCACAGCAGGUUGCCGAGCACUCCAGCGCUGAGAGCUGCUGGAUUAUCGUUCACGGAAAGGUCUACGAUGUCACGCAGUUCCUCCCUGAGCACCCCGGUGGCAGCCGCAUCAUCCUCAAGUACGCUGGCCAGGACGCUACUGAGGCUUACGACCCCAUUCACCCUCCUGAUGCCAUCACGACUCACCUCCCUAAGGACAAGCACCUUGGUGCCGUUGACCCCAAAACCAUUAUCAAGGUCGUGAAGGAGGUGACCGCGGAAGAGAAGAGGCGCCAGGAGCUCCUGGCUGCCCGCCCCAGCUUGGAUGAGAUUGUCAACCUCCACGACUUCGAGGCCGUCGCCAAGGCCAUCCUCCCUGCCAAGGCGUGGGCAUACUAUUCGUCGGCUUCCGACGAUGAAAUCACCAUUCGCGAGAACCGUGCUGCAUACCAGCGCAUCUGGUUCCGUCCCCGUGUUCUCCGUGACGUUUCGACAGUGAGCUGGGCAACCACCAUUCUCGGCCAGAAGUCGUCGCUCCCCGUCUACAUUUCUGCCACCGCUCUUGGCAAGCUCGGCCACCCCGAUGGUGAACUCAACCUGACUCGCGCUGCCGGCAAGCACGGUGUGAUCCAGAUGAUUCCUACCCUCGCCUCGUGCUCUUUCGAUGAGAUCGUCGACGCUGCCGUUCCAGGCCAGGUCCAGUUCCUCCAGCUUUACGUGAACCGUGACCGCGAGAUCACCAAGCGCUACGUCCAGCACGCCGAGAAGCGCGGCGUCAAGGGCCUCUUCAUCACCGUCGAUGCUCCCCAGCUUGGCCGCCGUGAGAAGGAUAUGCGCAUGAAGGUUGUCGACGAGGGCGGUGUCGCCAAGGUUCAGGACGGUCAGGGUGAUAUCAAGAAGGAUGAGGGUGUUGCCCGUGCUAUCUCCUCUUUCAUCGACCCCAGCCUCUCGUGGAAGGACAUCCCCUGGUUCAAGAGCAUCACGAACAUGCCUAUUGUUCUCAAGGGUGUCGCCACCCCCGAGGAUGCCCUCUUGGCCUACGAUUACGGUGUUGCCGGUAUCGUCCUCUCUAACCACGGUGGUCGCCAGCUCGAUACCGCCCGCUCCGGUAUCGAGAACCUCAUCGAGGUCGUCGAGGCGCUCAAGACCCGCGGCCCAUGGCCCAAUCCCCGCUUCUCCGUCUUCGUCGACGGCGGUAUCCGCCGUGCGUCCGAUGUCCUCAAGGCCAUCGCCCUCGGUGCCUCCGCGGUCGGUGUCGGCCGUGCCUUCAUGUACUCGUUCUCGGCGUACGGCCAGGAGGGUGUCGAGAAGGCCUUCCAAAUCUUCCGUGAGGAGCUCGAGAUGAACAUGCGCCUCAUCGGUGCUCGCACGAUCGACGAGCUCGAGCCAUCGAUGGUCGACGCCAGCGGUCUCUCGUCGCACGUCGGCUUCACGCCCAUCGAUAACUUGUACAAUACCACAUACCAGCCGCUCGCCCUCGCCCAGUUCAAGACGCGGUUGUAAAAGCCCCGAUUGUCCUAGGUCUCUUUCUAGAAGCAGGAGAUUCUGGAAAGCUGGUGGCGAAUUGAUGGAAGGUUUCUAGACAUCUGAACACUGAUUAUUUUGCAUCGCUCUUCUAUUCCGCAUUUUACGCAUACGUAGCAUGAUUUAUGUAUAUACCACUGUACUAGAAAGGUCAUAUGUGCUCUAUUAUGACGGCAUUCAUAUUCCUC